CUCAUUCGAAUUUCGAUUCAAUUCAAUCAGUCUGCGUGGAGCAUUUGCUGGAGUAGGUGCUGUCGAAUCGUAUUUUAUAAACGCGUUUUGUUGUGAUUUGUGUUUUGUUUAGUGUUUAAUAAUGGCCUACAACGGUGGCGGUGGAAAGCGACUAUGUACCGGGACGGAUCUUGACACGGAGAGGAGUAACGGCAACAACUACAUGUCAUCGAGUGAGCCCCGCCGCAAGCGUGAGCCCCCCGCGCGGCCCAACCACAUCCUGCUCUACACCAUCAUCAACCCGGCAUAUCCCAUCACUGUGGAUGUGAUCCACACUAUCAGCACACCCCACGGGCAGGUGCAACGGAUUGUAGUCUUUAAGAAGAACGGCGUACAGGCGAUGGUUGAAUUUGAGAGUAUAGAGUCGGCGACACGCGCGAAGGAAGCUCUGCACGGCUGCGAUAUUUACUCCGGAUGCUGCACGCUCAAGAUUGAGUUCGCUAAGCCCGAAAGAUUGAACGUGUUCAAGAAUGACCAGGACAGCUGGGAUUAUACAGUGAAUGAAGACGUUCAACAGCCGCAGCAGAGAAGUGCACCGCUGCUACAAUCGCCGCAGUAUACCGGCGGCCGACCGCAACCAUACAAUGCUUCUAAUGCCAGCAGUCAAGUCACGACGAGGGCGUGCAGCGAAGAAACCUGCAUCCAGCACGUGCAACAUUCAUGCGAACAGUCACAAAACGAUAUGGACUUCGGCAGCGGUGGGCCUCCGCCGCCUGGCAUGAUGAAGGACAGGCACUGUCCAGCACCGCCUCAUCAUCCCAGAGACGGUCGUGGCUAUGGACCUGAAGGCUUCGGUGGGGAAGGUUUCGUCCCGCCACCACCCAUGCAUCACCCGGCCAUGCCUCCACCGAACCAGGGUGGACCUCCUCAGCAAGGUGCGGUGAUGAUGGUCUACGGCCUGGACCCCAACACUGUCAACGCUGACAGACUCUUCAAUCUGUGCUGUCUGUAUGGGAACGUUGUACGGGUGAAGUUCCUGAAGACGAAAGAAGGAACCGCCAUGGUCCAGAUGGGCGAUGGACCCUCCGUGGAACGCUGCGUGCAGAACUUGAACAACGUGACGGUUGGAGACUACACCCUCACUCUGGCAUUCUCGAAGCAAGCUUACCUGUCAGAGGUGAUGAACCCGUACCCGCUGCCCGACAAGAGCCCGUCGUUCAAGGAUUACGUGGGCAACAAGAACAACAGGUUCUUAACACCUGUCUCCAUUCACAAGAACAGAAUACAGCCGCCUUCAAAGGUGCUCCAUUUCUUCAACACUCCCCCGGACGUCUCCGACGAACAGCUGUUGCAGGUGUUCAACGACUACGGUGUCACGCCGCCCCAUACCAUCUCCAAGUUUCCACUUAAGAGUGAAAGGUCAUCAUCGGGGCUCAUGGAGUUCCAGAACAUAUCCCAGUCAGUGAUGGCGAUAAUGGCUUGUAACCACGCCACUAUACAGCAUCCAGGAGCAAAAUUCCCGUUCGUGAUGAAACUCUGCUUCUCGUCGUCACGACAGAUUGGGCAGGGCAAGGGUCAGAGCCAAAACAAGAGCCAAAACCACAAUCAAAAUCAGGAAAAUCCGAGACAAUCGCAGGACAACGGCUUGGAGUCUGAUUACUACUAACGGCGAUUGGCGGAGAACACACAAACACACAUAUCAAGACGGACACACACACAGGCACAUCACUACGAGUGGGUUUGAUCCGGGGAUGCCAUUAUUAAUUUACAGAUUUACACUAAAGUUUGUAGAGUGAAGAGAUAAUUGUCAUGGGUGCUAAUCAAUGAAUUCCUAAUAGUUGUAAUAUCUCUGGUGUCGCAAGAGAGCAUAGGUAGCGCUGUUUACUUAACACAAAUAAAACUCGCUUGCUCUCCUUGUAGAUUAUUUUAAAUAUGAUAGGCUUGUUGUGAAAGAAAUCGUACGUAACCAGUUAGAGGCUGUAUCGUUGUGACAACAACGGCACAAAUGCUGAAUAAUAGAUUUAGAAUUUAAAUUCAAUUAUUGAAUUGGCAUAGUGUUAUAAUUUGGCAUCCGUGGCAAUCUAUUUCACUCUUUUAAAUUAUAAACAAUUCUUUGCAUUUAAAAAUGUUUAAGUGCGUCAAAAUAUUUCUUAGCUUACACUGUUGAACGCAAGCAAAUCUAGAUGGGUAUUUUUCAAUGGCAACAUUAUUUCGUACUGCAACAAUUGUGAUAUAGAUCACAAGCUAUAAAGACAUUAACAGUUAGUUAAUUUUAGACACAGAUUACAAUUUUCAUGUUCUUUCACACUUAUUGACAUUUCCAUUUCAGUUUAUUUCUUUUUUACUCCGUUCAAUGGGAGUCCUAUUUGCGAUUGCAUUCUAUUAUAUACUAUAAGUAGUGGUUUAGGUGUUAUAAGCAUUAUUUCCCUUUAGUUAGAUUUUGUUUUGUAUUUGUGGACCGCCAUUUUCAAUAACACAGUUUUAAUGUAUUUUGGUAAUGGCGUGACCACUUUUUCCGUAACUAGGGACUGUAUUAGAAUUAUUUUCAUUUAAAUUUUAAGUUAAGCUGUAAACGAUUCUGUUACAUUAUUUUUAUUUUGGUUGUAAUUUAAUAUUGUCUGUUCGUCCUAGAUAUUGUUUAACAUUUCGGUUAUAUUUAAUAAUGACAGUUGUGAAAUAUACACGAAAUAAAAAAAAAUAUCUGUAAGGUAGAUUAUUUGAGUUUCAUUUACAUUUUUGCUUCGAGUGUGCAUGGUUUUGCAUGUUUCUGUGUUUUUUACAAUAGAAAUCCAUCUUAUACGAAAAAAAUCACGGUAAAUAUAAGAUAUUUUAGCACUUAUUAGGCUAGUAGUAAGUGUCAUUGCGAUGUCAAUUAUAUAUGAAUAGAUUGAAAAAGGGACAGAUUUUUUAAAAUAUAUUCUUGAAAAAUAAUUCUGAUUGGCCUACUGAUCUAAAUCAUGUGCUUAUACAGACCAGUGUUAUGGUUUCACAAUGAAUAUGCAUAUUUUUGUAUAAAAGCAUCAACCAUUAUUCAAAUUUGGUUGCUUAGGGAACGACUUACAUUUCAAUGAUACUCAACAUUGUCAACGCCACUGGUCGGUAGAAAGUCAUCCAGAUAUGAUAUUAAGUUAAUAAUCUUUUUUUUUCUUUUUAGGAGUUAGAAUGUGUGUAAAUUGUGUGAUUAACUGUGGUAGCAUGCCUAUAUAACUGUUUAUGGUAUGUUACAUUGCAUUUUUGCUAACAUUUACAGCUCUGCGCGGCAUACUGAAACUUGGUAGUACUUGUUAAAAAGAUCUAUGUUUGAUUUUAUCAUAAUAUUUUUACAAUAGCAUAAUAAUAGUAAUUUCUUCAUAUAAUUACAUAGCGUAAACAGUAUAAUAGAACAACGCAAUAGAGUCCUAAAUAGCUGACGUAAUAAACUAAUAAAUAGAUGCAUAUCUUUUUCUCUCAUAGGUAUUUACAAAGUGAAUAAAUGUUUUAGAGUAAUAUAGAAUUUGAUGUCGUGAUAGCAUUUUAAGUUUCUUUUUUCUAAAUUAAAAUCUCUCCAUUCAUAAAAUCAUUACUUUUAACUUUGAUUUCACAAUCAAAGUCUUUUUAUUGUAUAAAAAUUAUGUUCUUAAAGAAAGGGAAUGGAUAGAAAAUUUAAAUCAAUGUGAGUGUAGUAAAGUUUGAGCAAGUUAAUACUGUAAGCACCUGUUAACACUGUCUGAUUUAUUUUUGAUUGUCCCUUGUUUUAGAUACUUAAAAUGUUAAUGUAGACGGUUUAAGUUUGUAGUGAGGUGAGCAUAGUUACAUCCAGAAAAAUUCAUAAACUUAAAAGUUUUGGGUCAUACAAGUAGCUUUAAAUUGCUCGAGCUUUUUACUAUGAAUUGGCGGAAAAUGCGAUCAGUGUGUUUCAAUUAUUGAAUAUGUUUUGUAAAUCACUUACACACUACAUGCACAAAACCAUGUCUUUGCUUCAUACAUACAGCACUCUCAAAACAAAAUAAUUCAAUAAAUAUGUGUUUAAGAAAAAUAUUGACAUAUAAUAAGGUAAUGUAACAGAGAGUAAUUUUAGUUUUUCUUUCGUUAUUCUUAGCUUUAUCAUUCAUUGGUAUUAGGUAGUAGUUACAUGUUUAACAUUAAAUACAUGUCAACACAAA